CUUUGCCUGGUUAUGAUUUGUGAAUUAAUUAAAUCUAGAGUUUUGAUUUAAGACUACUAAGUUUUUCUAAAAUAUUCCUACUUUAUCCUAACCAAAUAGGAAAAGGAGAGUCAUCGGAAGCAUGGCGGCGCCAAAUAUCCCACUCAUCAAUUUCCCUACCGUCAAUACCGACCGCCACUUGGCAUACCACCCCACCAUCGCCCUCAUCGAAAAAUGCUCAAAUCCGCACCACCUCAAGCAGCUCCACGCCCAAAUGCUCCGCGGCGGCCUCUUCUUCGACCCCUUCUCUGCCAGCAAGCUCAUCCAGUCCUGCGCCUUCUCCCAAUUCUCUAGCAUAGACUACGCCCACAAGGUGUUCGACCAAAUUCCCCACCCAAAUCUCUACUCCUGGAACGCCCUCAUCCGCGCCUACGCCACCCGCUCUCAGCCCCUCACCUGCCUCUCCAUGUUCUCCCGUUUGCUCCGAGAUUGCGCCGAGAAGCCCAACAAAUUCACCUACCCCUUCGUCAUCAAGGCUUUGGCUAAGCUCAGGGACUUGGAACUCGGAAAAGGCAUCCAUGGCAUGGCGAUUAAAGAGGGCUUCUCCUCCGAUUUGUACGUGGCCAACUGCUUGAUCCAUUUCUACGCGGAAUGCGGCUGCUUGGACUUGGCGUCGCGCGUCUUCGCCAAUAUGCCUGAGAGGGAUGUCAUUUCUUGGAACUCGAUCAUUGAUGGGCUCGCUAAUGGUGGACGCGAGGAUGAGGCCAUGGAGAUUUUCCGCGCCAUGGAUGAGGAAGGUGUGAGGCCGAACGAUGUCUCAAUGGUGGGGGUCUUGACUGCUUGCAGGAGAAUGAAGGUGGAUGUGAAGUUUGGGAAGAUGGUUCAUUCCUACAUAGAGAAGAAUGGGAUAAAGCAGAGCUUGAUCCUCUGCAACGCGAUUCUUGACAUGUACACCAGGUGUGGAGGCGUGGACGAGGCCAAAAUGUUCUUCGACAAGAUGGUGGAGAAGGAUAUCAUCUCAUGGACAACGAUGCUCGUAGGGUAUGGAAGUUUGGGGGAUUUUGAUGCGGCCAGAGGACUCUUCGACUCAUUGCCUAACAAAGAUAUUGCAGCGUGGAAUGCUUUGAUCUCGGCCUAUGAGCAGAACGGUAGCCCUAAGGAGGCCGUGGCCGUUUUCAAUGAGCUGCAGCGGAGCAAGACGGCGAAACCGGAUGAAGUCACUCUUGUUAGCACUUUAUCAGCCUGUUCUGAGCUUGGGGCAAUAGAGUUAGGUGGUUGGAUCCAUGUUUAUAUAAAAAAGGAAAGAAUGAGGUUGAAUUGCCACCUUGCAACUGCCUUGAUCGACAUGUACUCCAAAUGCGGCGAUUUGGAGAAGGCGCUCGACGUCUUCCACUCAGUCGAGUGCACCAAGGACGUCUUCGUGUGGAGCGCGAUGAUUGCAGGGCUAGGAAUGCACGGGUGUGGCGUAUAUGCAAUGGCGAUGUUCGAGAAGAUGUUGGAGGAUGGUGUGAAACCCACAUCUAUUACCUUCACAAACUUGCUAUCUGCCUGCAGCCACUCGGGCCUGGUCGAGGAGGGGAGUGCGUUCCUCGACCAGAUGGAGCGAGUGUACAACAUUCCGCCCGGGGUGGAGCACUAUGCGUGCAUGAUCGACAUCCUGGGCCGGGCAGGGCUACUGGAGGAUGCGAUGGCGCUGAUCAAGGCCAUGCCAGUUGUGCCCGGGGCCUCCGUGUGGGGGGCUCUCCUUGGGGCGUGCAGGCUCCACAAGAACGUCGAGCUGGCGGAGGAGGCGUGGGCGCGGCUCCACGAGAUUGAGCCACGGAACCACGGGGCGUACGUGCUGCUGUCGAACGUGUAUGCGAAUUCGGGGCUUUGGGAGAAGGUUUCAGAGGUGAGGAAGAGGAUGAGAGAGGUCGGGCUGAGGAAGGAGCCAGGGUGUAGCUCUGUUGAGAUGAAUGGAAGUGUUCAUGAGUUUCUAGUGGGAGAUAACACACAUCCUAUGUCGAAGAAGAUAUACUCGAAAUUGGGGGAAAUCGCGGAGAGAGUGAAGAGUGAAGGGUAUGAAACGAAGAAAUCGGAGGUGCUGCAAAUGGUGGAGGAAGAAGAGAUGCAGGAGAAGGCUUUGAGCCUUCACAGUGAGAGGCUGGCUCUUGCGUACGGGCUCAUUGCGCUCGAGCAGCCGACGCAGAGGAUUCGGAUCGUGAAGAACCUUCGUGUCUGCGGGGAUUGUCACUCUGUGUUCAAGGUUGUGUCGAAGGUUUAUGGGAGGGAGAUUGUGUUGAGGGAUAGGUAUAGGUUUCACCACUUCAAGGAGGGGUCUUGCUCUUGUAAUGACUAUUGGUGAAGACCUAUGAUGCCUGAGGUUCGUUUUGUUAUAACAUGAUAAAGAUGUGAUACAUAUUUAUUUAUUUUGGACUAAAGUGAUUUUUUGAUUUUGGUCCAAAACAUUAUCUUUUCAAUUAUUCGGUUCCUCACAAAUAAAAACGGGUCGCAUUUGGUCUAUUUUGGACGGUUCCGUAAAAAAAUUGACGGAAACCCUAAACCCAAACCUCCCUCACCACCUCCGCCACGACGUCCACCUUCCAUCAUCCCCCAGCCUCACCCACCGUCGUUACCGUCUCAUCCCUCAGCCUCACCCCCUCCUUACAUCAUCUCCCUCACUACCUCCGCCACGGCGUCCACCUUCCUCACCUCGCUCAACUCAGCAAUCAAUCCCCUGUAGACGCCUUCCGGUGUUGCCGCAGCCACGAUUUGAGAGGAGGAGGUGGAACUGCGGCAGGGGGAGGCAGCCGUAGCGGAAGGUGCCUGGACAACGUCGAGGGCGAGGGGGAGGUGGUCGAUGGAGGGGUCGAGGGUGAGUGUGAGGGAGAGGGAGAGGAGGCGACACGACGAAUUGACCGAUUUUCGAAAGAGUCAGAAAUAGGUAAUUGCAGGUGCUGCAAUCGGGAGUGUAUCCGAUCGAUUUCAUCUCCGGCAAAAUUAGCGACGACGACGCCUUCCGGUGUUUCCUCAGCCACGAUUUGAGAGGAGGAGGUGGAACUGCGGUGGGGGAGGCAGCCGUAGCGGAGGGUGCCUGGACGACGGCGAGGAGGAGGUGGUCGAUGGAGGGGUCGAGGGUGAGGGAGAGGAGGCGAGACGACGACUUGACGGUGAGCAGCAGCGGCAGAACACCGGGAGUCGGAAGCCGGCAUGUUUCCGUCAAUUUUUGAAUUUCUGUCCAUAUUUGGAAUUUCCGUCAUAUUUUUUUACGGAACCGUCCAAAAUGGACCAAAUGUGACCCGUUUUUAUUUGUGAUGGACCGAAUAAUUCAAAAGAUAAUGCUUUGGACCAAAAUCAAAAAAUCGCAAUAUGUUAAGGACCAAAAUAGGUCUUUAGUCUUUAUAUUGAAGACUAAACAAGAGUCUGGUAUUUAGUAUCGAAAUAAACGUGAUUCUGUAGCUCAAUGCUUUGUUAAGCCACAAUUCAUCCAUACAUUCCUUCA